ACUCAAACCCACGGCGUUGUCUUACAGGCGAGGGACGACUCAACACAGUCUGUGGUUUCUCAGGAGAAGCAGGAGGAGAUUCUCUGUGGCUCGGCUGCUGCAAACACAUCGGUUUACUGCAUCUGUCUCAAGUAGAAAGCUGAAAUCAACGGCGUCCGGAUGAAAAAUGUGACCCUUGACAAAGGAGGGGGUGUGGACAACCAGGGUUUUGAAAUAGAGGAGGACAUCAUUACUGAUGCUGACAGCUUCAAACAGCAGAAUAAAAACAACAAAAAGGGCCUGGGAUCAUACCUAAGCCAAGUUUCAAAGCCGAUCAACGCUACGGAGGAUUACAUCAAGUCUCACUCUACAACCUUGAAAUACAUUGUGCUGGGAAUACUUGGGGCAGGUUAUGUGGCCUACUUCAUCGCAGCCUGUGUGUUGGACUUCCAGAGAGCUAUUGCUCUUGUGGUACUGACCAUUUUGGGUGUUUUGGGUCUGACAUAUGAACUUGUGAAGGAGUACAAGGGAGAAAGCAUCGUUCAGUGUUUCAGACCUGCAGUCAGAUGCUUCAAAUCCAACCUGAGAUGGAUAAAAUGGAUUUUCAUUUUAGCAGUCGUGGCCCUGCUCGUGUUGUGGCUUGUCUUAGACACGAGACAUCGUCCGGAGCAGCUGAUAUCGUUCGGAGGCGUGUGCAUGUUCGUCUUGCUUGUAUUCCUCUUGUCAGAGCACAGGACGGCGGUGACAUGGAGGCCUGUGUUCUGGGGUCUCGGGAUGCAGUUCUGCAUUGGCAUUUUUGUUAUAAGAACACAGCCUGGACUCGUAGCUUUCGAAUGGCUUGGGAAUCAAGUGAAGAUAUUUCUGGAAUACACCCAAGCAGGGUCGUCAUUUGUUUUCGGGGAUCUGAUCACAGGCAUUUUUGCCUUUCAAGCUUUGCCCAUCGUUGUGUUCUUCAGCAGCAUCAUGUCGAUCCUAUACUUUUUGGGGAUAAUGCAGUGGCUCAUAUUGAAGAUCUCAUGGGUCAUGCAGAUAACGAUGGGAACCUCUCCCACAGAGACCUUGAGUGUUGCAGGCAACAUAUUUGUUGGCCAGACUGAAGCACCGCUGCUGAUCCGCCCCUAUUUGAAGGACAUGACCAAAUCUGAGAUCCAUGCUGUCAUGACUGGUGGAUUUGCCACAAUAGCGGGAAGUGUCAUGGGGACGUUCAUCUUAUUUGGGAUUGAUGCGUCGUCCCUGAUCUCAGCCUCUGUGAUGGCUGCUCCUUGUGCCUUGGCCCUCUCCAAACUGUCUUAUCCAGAGACAGAGGAGAGUCCCUUUAAGGAUGAGAAGAACAUCAAGGUGGCUUGUGGAGAUGAGCAGAACAUCCUGGAGGCUGCAAGCAACGGAGCUUCUGCUUCAAUAGGUCUCAUUGCCAACAUCGCAGCAAACCUGAUCGCCUUCCUUGCCAUCCUUGCAUUCAUAAAUGAAGCUUUGAGUUGGUUUGGAGGCAUGGUGGGAUACCCGGCCAUCACAUUUCAGUUGAUUUGCUCUUAUGUGUUCAUGCCUGUGGCCUUCAUGAUGGGUGUCCCCUACCAAGACAGUUUCAUUGUGGCCGAACUAAUUGGCACAAAGCUCUUCAUCAAUGAGUUUGUGGCUUAUGAGAAAUUGUCUGAACUGAAGAACAACAGACUCAUUGGACUUGAUGAACUUCAGUGGAUAUCUGUCCGAUCAGAAAUAAUCACCACUUACGCUCUUUGUGGGUUUGCCAACUUUAGCUCACUUGGAAUUGUGAUUGGUGGCCUCUCCUCCAUAUGCCCGUCAAGAAGAACCGAUAUCUCAACUAUUGUGUUCAGAGCUAUGAUCACCGGGACGUGUGUGUCUCUUGUAAAUGCUUGCAUUGCAGGGAUCCUCUUUGUUCCCCCGCCUGACUGUGUGCAACUGUUCCAAGAGUCAGCUUUCAAUACCACAGAUGGAAGGAUUCAGAGCUGCUGUGACGACCUCUUUGAAAGCACUGUAAACAAUGGGACCAUCUCAUUUGAAGGCUUCUGGAGCACGGUAGCAAACGCUACUGUGUUUUUCUCAAAAUGUUGCCAGUGCUGCGGUUCUUCUAAUGUUUGUCUGUAAAGGAGAAAAAUACACACCAGUGUUUUUUUUUUUACUGUAGUUCAGUAAAUCUCUGUGUUUAUAUAUUGUGUGACAAUUCCUGUAAAAAUGUAAAGGCUGUAUGCACAUCUGUCAUGUAUUAUACUGAAAAGAAUUCAGACAUUUGGCUUUUAUUUAGAGCCAGGGAUUAAAAAGGACACACCUUCAGUAAAUAUACCUCAGUUUGAUGAAUGUAAAUGUUUCAAAUAAAGUUGAGUGACUUAAUUAUUUCA